AUGCAGGCAUUCCAAAAAGGCUCGCCAAUAGUGAAGGAUUUUUCAGAAGCUAUUCUAAAGCUAUCAAAAGAUGGUACCCUAACAGGUCUAGAAGAAAGAUGGUUGACUCCCUCACGUGAGUGUUCAGCAGACCAAACAUCCAAUGAUACAGAGCCUUUGAGCAUCCAGAGCUUCUGGGGUCUCUACCUUAUAUCGGCGGCCAUUUCUACAAUUUGUUUCCUACUAUCAUUAAUUCGAUUACUAAAGAAUUAUCAACAUGAUCAAGAGGCAUAUCAAGGCAAUGCAACUGCUAGCUCUGGAAGUGUUUGGAGCAAGGCAGUUGGACAAGCAAAGUACUUUUAUAAUGGAGAGAUCAACACUCCAGAGAGAGCUUCAAGUUCAUCUUGCACACCAGACUUAGAUAAUUGGACUUCUUUAAGACGGGAAGACGUGAGCACUAUCAAUGUUCUGGACAAUAUUAUUCAAGCCUUCCCACCUUCUGAAAUUGAGAUGUCAUAG